AAGAUGGCCCCGGCCUGUGAACAGCUGCAGUUCCGCUUCCCCAGUUACGGGGACGGGGUGUUGCGCCGCAUGGACCAGUUGAGAGAGCAGCGGCGCUUCUGCGACGUGAUGGUGCAGGUGAAUGAGUUGCGGGUUCCUGGGCACCGUGUGGUCUUUGCAGCCUGCUCCCCUUUCCUGCGGGACCAGUUCCUGCUCAACAACUCAGAAGAGGUGUCCGUUUCACUCUUCCAGAGCCCCGAGAUCGGGCGCCAGCUUCUGCUGUCCUGCUACACAGGGUACCUCGAGGUGCCCGUCAAGGAACUCGUCAACUACCUGACAGCCGCUUCAUUCUUGCAGAUGAGUCACGUGGUGGAAUGCUGUGCCCAGGCACUGUCCCACUACUUAGUCCCCAAGGCCGACGUUCUGCUGCGGGAGGGGGAAGAGGAGGGGAACUGCCUACAGCAGGAUGGGGGGGAGGAGGAGGAGGAGGAGGAAGAGAAGUAUUACCCUUCUGCACUCAAAGGGGGAGCGGACUCUGAGGAAUGCAUAAUGGAGGGGUCUGAGUUCAGCUCCCGCAGACCCUCCUCUCCAGCCAUCUCGCUCUCCCUUAUCAACUCAGCCGUGGAGAUCACCCGCAGCUACCUGCAGGGCUGCUUCGCCGAGGAGACGAGCAACAAAGGCCUUCCUUUCCCGCCCCCGCUGCCCGCUCCCUGCUCCCAGUGGAGGCGCCACCCCUUGCACUGUCACCCGCGCAGCACAGCCGCAGCUUACAGGGACUGGAGGCCAGGCGGCGGGGCAACGGGGUGGAAGGUGCCUGAGCUGGAGCGCCCAUACCGUUGCCCUCGCUGCAACAGCAUCUUCCAGCAGCUGGGCCAUUUUGUAAGCCACGUGCAGGAACACAAGCUCUUCUUGUGCCUGCGCUGUGGCAAGGUCUUCUCGCAGAAGAGCAACCUGACGCGGCACAUCCGGGUGCACACUGGCUUCAAGCCAUUCCAGUGCCCCGUCUGCCGCAAGUGUUUCACCCAGAAUGCCACGCUGCAGGAUCACCUCAACCUGCACAGCGGCCUCAAGCCCCACCGGUGCAACUACUGUGACAUGCACUUCACCCACAAGCCGGGCCUGCGGCGCCACCUCAAGGAGAUGCAUGGCAAGAGCACCUUCGAGAACAGCCACGAAGAGAUCGAAGAGGUCACCAUUGACUUUGAUUGA